AUGGCCGCCCUGGACAUCAUGGUCGCCCUGCUGGUGUGGAUGGCCACCCUGCUGCUCAUCUCCAUUUGGACACACAUCUACAGCAACAGGCAACUGCCCCCUGGCCCUUUCCCACUGCCCAUCGUUGGGAACAUUUUCCAGUUGGAAAUUAAGAAUAUUCCCAAAUCCUUCACCAGGCUGGCAGAGCGUUUCGGCCCGGUGUUCACCCUGUACCUGGGCUCACGGCGCUUCGUGGUCCUGCACGGCUACAAGGCCGUGAAGGAGGUCCUGCUCGACUACAGGAAUGAGUUUUCUGGCAGAGGAGAAACCUCCGCGUUCCAGGUGCACCAGGACAAAGGGAUUAUUUUCAAUAAUGGACCGACCUGGCAGGACACCCGGCGGUUCUCCCUGACCACCCUCCGUGACUUCGGGAUGGGGAAACAGGGCAAUGAGCAGCGGAUCCAGAGAGAGGCCCAGCUCCUUCUGGGGGCGCUCCGGAAGACCCAUGGCCAGCCCUUCGACCCCACCUUUGUCAUCGGCUUCGCGCCCUACAACGUCAUCUCCGACAUCCUCUUCCACAAGCGCGUUGACUACAAUGACAAGACGGCUCUGAGGAUGCUGAGUUUGUUCAAUGAGAACUUCUACCUGCUCAGUAGCCCCUGGAUCCAGCUUUAUAAUAAUUUCCCAGGCUACAUACGUUACCUGCCUGGAAGCCAUAGAAAACUAAUCAAAAAUGUGUCUGAAAUAAAAGAGUAUGCUCUAGAAGGAGUGAAGGACCACCAGAAGUCGCUGGAGCCCAGCUGCCCCCGAGACUUCACCGACACCAUGCUGAUGGAAAUGGAGAAGGAAAAACACAGUGCAGACCCUGUGUACACCUUGGACAACAUUGCUGUGACCGUGGCCGACCUGCUCUUUGCGGGGACAGAGACCACCAACACCACCCUGAGAUACGGGCUCCUGAUUCUCAUGAAAUACCCGGAGGUCGAAGAGAAACUUCAUGAAGAAAUUGACAGGGUGAUUGGGCCAAGCCGAAUCCCUGCCAUCAAGGACAGGCUGGAUAUGCCCUACCUGGAUGCUGUGGUGCAUGAGAUUCAGCGAUUCAUCGACAUCAUUCCCUCCAACCUGUCCCACAAAGCAACCCGGGACACAGUGUUCAGAGGCUACGUCAUCCCCAAGGGCACAGUCAUAAUUCCGACACUGGACUCCCUCUUGUAUGACAGCCAAGAAUUCCCUGAACCAGAGAAGUUUAAGCCAGAGCACUUUCUGAAUGAAAAUGGAAAGUUCAAGUACAGUGACCAUUUCAAGCCAUUUUCUGCAGGAAAGCGGGUGUGUGUUGGAGAAGGCCUGGCUCGCAUGGAACUGUUCCUGUUUUUGGCCUCCAUCCUGCAGCACUUUAACUUGAAGUCGCCGGUAGACCCCAAGGAUAUCGACCUCAGCCCCAUCGCAAUUGGGUUUGCCAAGGUCCCCCCCCAUUACAAACUCUGUGUCAUUCCCCGCUCACAAGUGUGA